AUGACGCGACCGAUUGAGGCAGUCUUUCAAACGGCUGACGGACAGAUGGGCACCCCGCCGAGGUUGAUUGAGCAGAGCCAGCCGCCGGACUGUCUGGUCCUCCUACAGAUCGCUACAGCUGGCAGUCAGGGCGCGGAUCUCGGCUCCGACGAGAUGCCGCCAGUGCUCAUUACGGCCAAAUUGUUGGAUGUUCAGGAGAAAAGCCUUUCCGGGCCGGAGUUUCAGGUGCUUGUAAGGCUUCGACGCAAUCGAAUUUCCCGCGAGGUAUCCGAAGACUACCCUGACCUCACCGAUGAUCCGUCAGAGGACGGCUACUGGCCGCCAGUUGGAGAAACAUCAGUCAAGAAUUCUUCCUCGGGUGCCGCCGCCAACGCCACUUCUAUGGACAUCUCAACGGAAUGCGAGUCGCCCUUUCGGCAACUUUCGGAGGACUGCCAGGCGUUCACUGGUCUCUCAGCCAGCCGUAUGCGACCCCAGGCGAGGCAGACCCAACUAGCGCCUGAACUAAGAAGAGAACUGAAGGGUACGGAUCCGUCUAACUUUUGUCACGGACUGCGCAUGUUGCGUCGAGUCUUGUUUGGUUUCUCGUACGCCAUUUCUGUGCGCUGCACCCGAGCCACAGUUAAGACCUGUUUUCUGUAG